AUGAAACGGCUGGGGGCCCCCAGGCAUCGAGGGGGGGGCCCCCCUUCUGUGUGUGGUGAGGAGGGGGAGAGCUGUGGGCCCUUAAGAAAGAGAGGAGGAGCAGCAGCAGGAGCAGGAGCUGGGCCCCGAGAGGGAUUGGGGGCCCCCAGCAGCGACUCUGCUGCUGCUCCGCUGCUGCAGUUUGCUGCUGCGGGGACAGCUGUCUCCUUGUGCAGCAGCAGCGAGGGGGCGGGGGGGUCAGCUGAGGGCAUGCUGCUGUCUCCGGGGCCCCCCAGCAGCCUAGACGGGCCCCCUCGCCAGCAGCAGCAGCAGCACCAGCAGCAGCAGCAGCAGCAACAGCUGCUGCUGCAGCAGCAGCAGCAGCAGAAUUCCUCGGUUGAUGAGAGCUCGCGGCAGCUAGCUGCGUUCAAUGUGGCUGGGGAGGGGGCCCCCUUGGGGGCCCUUGGGGGCCCCCCAGGCUGUGCAUCCCCAAGGGACCCCUGCAGCAGCAGCAGCAGCAACAGCAGCAGCAGCAGCAGCAGCAGUGUUGGCUGUGGUGUUUCUGUUCCGCGUGUGGGUUCUGUGUGUGUAUCGGCAUCGAAGACAUCGCUGCCCUGUACCAGCAGCAGCAGCAGCAGCAGCAACAGCAGCAACAUGAACAGCAGCAGCAGCAGCAGCAACACAACAAGUAUGAGCAUGAGCCUGAACAGCAGCUUAAACAGCAGCAGCAGCAGCAGCAGCAGCAUCACCCCCAGCAGCAACCCCACCACCCCCUCUCCCGCCCCCAGCAGCAACACUUCCCUCCCCUCUGCUGCUGCUGCUGCAGCAGCAAGCAGCAGCACUCCGUCUCCCGUUUCUUGCAGCACAGCAACAACAACCCCGACCCCCACGACCACCCCCACCCCGAUGAUCAGCAGCAGCAGCCGUAUCAGCAGCAGCAGCAGCAGCAGCAGCAGCAGCAGCAGCAACAUGGAGAAUAAUAAUAUAUAUAUAGAGGACUGGAGUGAAGAGAUGCGGCCAAUGAAGGGUGUUUAUUUCGAUAGAACACAAAAGAGCUGGAUUGGCUCUUUUUAUGAGGAAAGGAGACAAAUAAAAAAAAGAUUUAAGGUGGCUACAUACGGCUACCACACGGCCAAGGCCCUGGCUAUCAAUGUGCGUUUAGGUUUCGAGAGAAAAACAAAAAAAACAGAAGACAGUAACAGCAGCAGCAGCAGCAGCAGCAGCAGCAGCAGGGAUAGCAGCAGCAGCAUGUAUAGCAGCAGCAGCUCACAAGCAGAGAGGCUUCUUGCUGAUGCUACCGAAGCAGCAUUAGCAGCAGGAGAAGCAGGCGUAGAUACACAAAAAGAAACGCAGCUCAGGCUGCUGCUGCAUAGUGUUGAGAGUGGUGCUGCAGCACAGCUACCCCGCAGCGAGCUGCUGCAGCAGGUGCUGCGGAGACAGCCGAAGACAAGCGAAGACAAGAAGCAGUAUCAUGCAGGACAGAGAUCUAUUGCUGCUGCUGCUGCUGCAGCAGCAGCAGCAGCAGCAGCAGCAAAUAACACUCAGCAUCAUCCGUAUACACUCCUUACACAUAAAACUGGAUUCGAACAAAAUGCUGCAGCAGCAACUGCAGCAGCAGCAGCAGCAGCAGCAGCAGCAAAUGUUGCUAAUGCUGCUGCUACUCCACUGCAGCAGCAAACCCAUACUCGAUGGCCUGCAGCAGCAGCAGCAGCAGCGUCAUCGAUGAUUCGAAGGCAUCGGAUGCAGCGGCAGCAGCAGCAGCAGCUGCUGCUGCUGCUGCUGCUGCCCCUUGCUCAGCUGCAUCGGAUGCAGCGGCAGCAGCAGCAGCAGCUGCAGCAGCAGGAGCAGCAGGGAGCUCAUGAGCGGCCCGUUUCUUCCGCAGCAGCAGCAGCAGCACCAACAGCAGCAGCAGCAGCAGCAGCAGCAGCAGGGUCCGAGUCAGAGAACGCAGAAGCAGCAGAAGAUGAAAUAAGCGAAGCCGUUGAAGCAGCAAUAAGGGGCUGUGCUGAUCCCUCUUCUUUUGUGUCUCCUUCUCUGGAUGUCUCCUCUUCUCCCUUUGCCUUUCUGCAGUCUGCUGCUGCGAUGCACCACAAACAGCAGCAGCAGCAGCAGCAGCAGCAGCAGCAGCAGCAGCAGCAGCAGUUGAUGAGGUCGCCACUGAUAGGCGCAAGGCCAGGGUGCAGCAGCAGCAGCAACAGCAGCAGCAGCAGCAACAGCAGCAGCAAAAUAAAACAGCAGCAGCUAAGGCACAACUGGCUGCAGCAGCAGCAGAAGCAGCAGCAGCAGGAUGCCCAUGCUGCUGCAGAUGUACCCAAACACGCAGCAGCAGCAGCAGCAGCAGCAGCAGUGCGAGAGCCUGAGGGGCUGGCUGCAGCACGCAGCAACGGCUGUGAAGGAGAAGCAGCAGAGACUGCAGCUGAGAGGAGGGGGGCUCGAAGCAUCUGCUGCAGCAGCAGCAGCACGCCAGAGCAGCAGCAAACAAAGGAGACAGAUGUCUCCUGCUGCAGGCCAAGCAGCAGGAGACUCUUCUGUCUCCCUGGGGCUGCAUGCGGAGACAGCAGCAGCAGCGAAAGCAGCAGCAGCAGCAGCAGCAGCAGCAGCAGAGGAAUCACAGAAGCAAAGGGCCUGCAGCAGCUGCAGCAGCUGCAGCAGCUGCAGCAGAUGCAGCAGCAACCCCUUGCUGACCUCGCAGCAGCAACAGCAGCACUGCGACAAGCAGCAACCCUAGGAGACACGACGCAGCUGCAGCAGCAGCUUUUAGAGCAGCUGCAGCAGCUGCAGCGACAGCAGCACCAGCAGCAGCAGCAGCUGUUGCAAACCCCACAGGCCUUCAGCGGCGAGACAAAGCUAACAGACAAAAGCAAAGGCCCAGCAGCAGCAGCAGCAGCAGCAGCAGCAGCAGCAGCAGCAGCAGCAGCAGGAGAUGAAGGGGAGAAGCACAGCAGCAGCACACUGGAUGCCCACGGCCUGAUGGCGAAUGACGUUGCAGCAGAGCUGCAGCAGCGGCAACUGCAGCAGCAGCUGCUGCUGCGGCAGCAGCAACUGCUGCUGCAGCUGCGCUCAGGGAGAGACGCAAAACUUGCUGCUGCUGAGGCCCUCCGUUGUCUCCUCGGGGGAGACACGUCGCUGCUGCAGCCGCUGUCUCUUCAGCUGCAAGGUGACAGCACAGCAGCAGCAGCAGCAGCAGCAGCAGCAGCAACAGCAACAACAGCAACAGCACCAACUGCAGCAGCAGAAGGAUGCACCAAUGGACUUGUGACACAAACAAAUCGAAACCAGCAGCAACCGCAGCAGCAGCAGCAGCAACAGCAACAGCAGCAGCAGCAGCAGCAGCAGCAAACUGUGAAGCCCUCAACUGUCUCCUUGCAGCAAGGAGACAGCACUGCUGCAGCAUGGGCUGCCCCUGACUCGCGCGGAGCUGCUGCUGCAGUGCAGCAACAGUAG